AUCAGGUGGAUUCGUUCCGAUUGCAUUAUUCUCGGAUGCUUUCAGUUUACUGGAGAUGCACAAGAGGAAAAUUACCUUGUCCAAGUAGUCAAAAGCAAGACAGGAAAAAUCACCGAUGCUGCUACUACUUCCGAUUUGGCCAUUUCUAUCCUUCAGUGAUUUGUUUGCGGGUCUAAUUGAUGACAUUGUGCCCUUCGGAACCGGGCCUUACUUAUUUUUGAGCUAUUUGGAAGAAUGUGAGCUUGCUAUUGCUGCUAACAGAAAGAAUACAGAUCAGCAUAUUGUGUUGCUCAGUUGGUCACUUGGUGAGAUGAGUGAGGCUUCAGUUGUUGAUAUUGAACGUGAUAAGUGGCUCCCCAGGAUUGAGCUUCAAGAUAAUGGCGAGGAUAAUUUGAUCAUGGGGCUUUGCAUUGAUAAAGCAUCUACGUUUGGGAGUGUUAAGGUGCAACUUGGCGUUGAAGAAGUCAAGGAGCUUUCACCAUAUUGUGUUCUUGUAUGCCUUACUUUAGAGGGCAAGCUUAUCAUGUUUCACAUUGCAAGUGCCAGUGAAAAAGCUGUUCCACCUGAUAUUUCUGCCCUUUCUGAUAAAGAAGAGGAUACCCCUGCUGUGUUAUCUGCUGAAUUUGAUCUACCUAAACUUACUUAUGGACAGGGUGAACAAAAGUCAGAACCGGUAGCUUUGUCUCCCCCAUUCAUGGAUAAAAGCAAAACGGAGCCUCUUACUUAUGGAAGUAGUGGUGUUCCUAUUAAAAGUGAUGAAAACCCUUCUCAAGUGAACAUGAAUUCAGUUAGACAUGCUACUGAACAACCAUUCCAUAAAGAUGAUAGUCAAAGCUCAGUGUCUUUAAAAAACUCCCAGUCUUUUGAAGCUGUAUGCCAACAAAAACCUCCAACCUCAAAGCCGUACCAAGAAGCAGGUACUCAACAAAAAUUGUUUUUUAGAGAGCAAGGUACUAAUUCAGGACAAUCAUUUCUGAGGACUUCUCAAAUAGAGGGACUUGAUAACAAGGUGAGGGAUGGUAGUCAAACAGAAACUCUAACAAUUCCAGGAUUUGGAUCUAUUGCUUCUUCUGUGGGAAAAGUUUCGGAAGACUCAUUACAACCAAAUCGUGGGAGCAUACCGAAAAAAAAUGAGCUGGUUAAGGAACCAGUAUCUGAAGCUAGAUCAGUUGGCCUGCAGAGUGCAUCAGUUCAGUUAAGGCCAAAUCCAUCAUCACAGCCAUUUUCAAGUGGAAAAUUCAUGCUUUCAAAGGAGUCUGAUGCUAGAGGUUCAUUUUCGUUUUCAAGUCCUUUUCAGUAUAAUAUUUCUCAGAGUACCAGAGGUGCCACAAGCUUUCCUGGUAGCAAUGUUGGAAAACCUUUAGAUCCAAAAGAUUCUACUGGUAUAUCAGUUUCUGUUGAUAAAAUUUCAGCCACACCAUUAGAUACUUUCGCUCAGAAAUCUUCAAUGGGAGCAGGAAUUAUUGAGUCAGUACCUUUAAUUCGUGGGUCACAGUUAUCGUCCCAGCUAAAUUUUGCAAUGGAAAAGCCUCUCAACCAAAAGCUUUAUCCCCUCAAGGAUGACCACAAAUCGGCAACCCAGUCGAGGAUGUCAAAAUCAGAACCACAGAUUAAAGAAAUGGCCAAAGAAUUGGACACACUUCUAGAAUCUAUAGAAGAAACUGGUGGCUUUAGAGAUGCUUGCACUGUUUCUCAGAGAAGUUCAGUCGAAGAGCUGGAGAAGGGUAUAGCAAUUCUUUCUGAAAAAAUGCUGGAGUUGGAAGUUUUAGCAAGGAAAAUAUACAUAGAAGGAAUUAUAAAACAAGCUUCUGAUAGCCAAUACUGGGACCUGUGGAAUUGCCAAAAGUUAAGUCCUGAGGUUGAGCUUAAGCAGCAACAUAUAUUGAAAUUGAAUCAGGACUUGACCAGUCAGUUAAUUGAAUUAGAGAGGCAUUUCAACACCUUUGAGCUCCAUAAAUUUGGUGAUAAUGAUGGAGUUCAUGCAAGCCGGAGAGCUUUACAGAGUAGAUUUGGGCCUUCAAGACACGUUCAGUCCCUGCAUUCUUUACAUAGUACAAUGAGUUCACAACUAGCAGCUGCCGAGCAACUUUCUGCUCGUCUCUCACAACAAAUGGCUAUGCUGAGUGUAGACUCACCUGUGAAACAACAAAAUGUGAAGGAGGAGUUGUUCCAAAUGAUUGGAAUAACGCAUGAUGCCUCUCUAACCUCUCCACAUGCUACAAAACCUAGCAAUAGUUCAAAGAAAUUUGUUAUCUCCUCUGGGUCCUCUGCUUCUAGAAAUCAGUCGAGGAGAAGCCAAUCCAGUGCUGUGAAGAGUUCUGACUCAGAAUAUUCAAGGAGGAGGAGGGACUCACUGGACAGGAGCUGGGCUAGUUUCGAGCCUCCAAAAACUACUGUAAAAAGGAUGCUUCUGCAAGAAUCAGCAAAUGUAAAAAGAUCAUUUUUAAAAGAUAAGCAGAACUUUAGUCCUUAUGCUUAUGAGGAACCAAAAAGUUUAUUUUUGAAGGAACUUACAGCAACUUCAACCACAUUGCAUAAAUCUGGAAAUGAGGAAGUUAAAACAAGAAGUCUAGAUGCAUUACCAAAACAACAAUCUGAGUCAACUGUUUUCCAAUGGGAUAACAAUUCUCUACAACCACCACAGUCUGCUGGGUGGAAAUCUUCUACAGUUCAAACAAGUAACUUCACUGCUUUGUCAUCAACAUCAGGAUCACAGUCUAUGAUGGUGCAGAAUCCUUCUGGGGAAACAUGCUGUAUCCCUGUUGCUAAACAAAACUUUGGAGCUUCUCAGGGUGAGAGGUCUAAUACUUCAUCUUUCAAUGAGAAUGAAAGUCAAUCCAGUUUACAGUUUAGACCUAAUCUAUAUCAAGAGUCAUCAAUCUCCAAGGUGGCUUCAUCGCCAAAGAAAUCUACUGAUGUCUUGACUUCAGAUCGUAAAGGGACUGUGCUUGUAAAUUCAGCUUUAGGGGAUGUGAAACAUGUGCCAUCUACGACAAAGAGUACACUAUUUGGUUCUUCUAACAGUAACAACUCUCAGUUCAUACCUCAAGCUGCUGUUCCUACAUCUACUACCCCGUAUGCUGGAGUUUCACAAUUCAAUAGUGUAGCAAGCAAAAGCCAGCCAAUUGAAAAGGUACCACAGUCUACUGCAUUCCCUAAACCAGUUUCACAUUCGUCAUCAUCAUUAUUCAGUUCCUCGACUCCAUCAAUAUCAUCAUCAUUUUCAACUAUGCCGACUCCAUCACAAACGUCAAUCACCACAUCAAUUAAUGUCUCAUCAUCUACAGCAACUAGUUCUACAUUGGUGCCAAAAUUUUCCUUUUCAACAUCAUUGUCAGCAGCAUCUACUUCAUCACCUGCGACAAAAUUUAGUGAAUCUAAAAUAAGUUCUAUAGCUGCAGUAGAUGCUAAUAAAAAACCUUCAUCUUCCUCAUCAUCAGUUCCUUUCCCUGCUUUUGUUUCUUCUUUUUCCUCGUUCAUUAACCCUCUCCAAGUGCCCGUACCCUUGCUUUCUGAUUCAUCUCCUGUGAAUUCGUCUGAUGUUUUGAAAAUUGAGGCUCAACCGCGUAAGGAGAUGCUUGGCUUUACAAAAGAUUCAGAUUCGAUGAUACAGACACCACCUCUGCAACAUGAACUUCCAGCAGCAGAAUUGGGCUUGAAGCCUCAAUUUGCAGUAUCAUCUCCAAUGAAAAGUGUAACUCCUACUGGAGUGUCAUCUGGAAGCCAAACCAGCAUCAUUGAUGUUGCAGGUCCUGUAACUAAUUUGGCAUCAAAUGCUCAGCCACUGCAGCCUUCUAUUGGAGAUAAUCUUUCAGCACCAUUGUCAACUAGCAUUAGCACCAUUGAUGGAAAGAGCGGAACAUUGGAUGUCACACAAGAGGAUGAGAUGGAGGAGGAGGCUCCCGAGACAAACCAAAUGGCUGAACUUGGCUUGGGAAGCUUAAGUAGCUUUGGAAUUGGCUCAACUCCUAAUCCAACUGCUCCUAAGCCUAACCCAUUUGGCGCUCCAUUUGGAGUUGUGGUGACAAGUCCAGCUACCUCUUCAUUCACCUCAACUGUUCAUACUGGAGAGUUGUUUAAACCUGCAUCUUUUACUUUCCAACCUCCACAGCCUUCCCAAUCGGCUCAACCUGCAAGUUUUGGUGCGUUCACUAGUGGCUUUGCUUCUAGCACACCUGUUCAAGCUCCUGCUCAAAGUGCUUUUGGCAAACCCUCACAGCUUGGAGCUGGACAACAGGCUUUGGGGUCAGUUCUUGGUGCUUUUGGGCAGUCACGGCAGCUUGGUACUGCUCUAUCAGGAAGUAGUUUUGCUUCCGGGAGCAGUUUUGGUGGUGGUUUUGCAAGUCCUCAAUCUGCUCCUGGAUUCUCUAACGCUGCAACAGCAGGUGGGUUUGCUGGUUUGGCCUCUACUACUGGUGGCUUUGGUGGUCUGGCUUCAGGUGGUGGGGGAUUCGGCGGUCUGGCUUCAGGUGGUGGGGGAUUCGGUGGUCUGGCUUCAGGUGGUGGGGGAUUCGGUGGUCUGGCUUCAGGUGGUGGUGGAUUUGGUGGCUUGGCUUCAGGUGGUGGUUCUGGCGGCACUGGAGGAUUUGCUGCUGCUGCCACAGGGGGUGGUGGGUUCGGUGCUUUCGGUAGCCAACCGACAAAUGCUGGUGGUUUCUCAGCCUUUGGAGGUGGUGGACAAACUGGAAAACCACCUGAGCUUUUCACACAGAUGAGAAGAUAGCUUUGUCGAAUUCUCUACAGAUAAGGACUUCAAUUUGUUUGUGGGUGCCCGAGUAUUAUUUAGCCUUUAACAUUUUGUAUAAUCAAUAUUUUAACAAAUCAGUAAA